AUGUUGAAAUUAUGGCGUUUUAAUCACCUAGUGAACCGAUCUUCAGCUGUUCUCGGACUUUCGAAGCGCACCCUAACGCAGAAGCCCCACGAUCCAAAGCAUAUUUUCAGUAGCCCUGCCGCUAAUCCAACGCCAGAUCCCAAGCACUUUUUCACAAACCCCACAUUUCCAUCUCACACACCAGGACUUGAUGAAGAAACUAUAAAUCGCAGCAUUCAAGAUUCAAUAAGACAGCAGCGUCGAAGAAAGACCAAACAAAUAGCCAGUGCAUUGGCAGUGGCAAUGUUUGGAACCAUUUUCGGAUAUUCUAUAUGUUACAAAGUGUGGUACCUACAUGAGGAGUCGUUUAUUCCAUUAUAUCCCGCAUCAAGAACUCGUAAGCUUAGUAGCCGUGAUUUGCAACGUCUCAACGUGAAGGACAUCAAAGACUUAGCAGACUUCAGAGUGCUAGAGAAGCUCUCGAUGCACCCCAUGAUAAAGGAACAAUAUGGAGUACCGCUGCGUACCUCUAAGGGAUCUCCGCCCAAGACUCACGAGUUAACCCUAUGGUGUGAAGAUCAAGACCCUUGUUUGACCGGAAUUCUUGUAAAGCCAUAUGGGAACGGUCGCGACAGCCACACAUGGCACGGGAUCCCUGCGUUUUGCAAAUGGAGAGUUACACAUCGACCCAUUAGUAUUUCCAGUUCUGUGGAGAAAUUUCUCAACUUUUUUGGCUUAGGAACCUCAGACCUCUUUCAGGUAGUCAAUCCUGAUAAAGUCUAUGGGGAAUUCAAAUAUGAAUUCCCAUUGCAUCAUGGGGACGAAGACCACUCAAUGCAUGUCUGGUUUCUAGGAGAAAUGGAGCUAAGUAAAAAUGAUUUAAUUGUUUUCAAAGGCAAGUACCAUGUUGAUGUGAAACUUGAACAGGUAGACCUACUAAGACGAGAAGAUGGUAAGCUUGUUCGAUAUGUCUUGUUCCAUGAAGGCUCAAGAUGA